AAAAAAAUCAGAGGACACUUCGUUCGCUUGGUUUUGUGGAACGCUGGCAUCAGUUUUUCCAUCCUGCCACCACUUUGUUUGUGGCACUUCCCACAGUUUUUGCCCCGCUUUGGGCAUUACGUAAAUAAUUAUUGGUUGUUGUGGGAUCGGAUAACUGGAUGCCACUUGCUUGAGUUGCCCUCCGUUUGUUACGGGGUUCAGAGGAUCUGGGCCGUAAAGUCGUUGAUAUCGUUGGCUCCGCACCAGAAACAUUAUUUGCACAAAGGCAAUCAACGCCAACGUGUCGUAGGUCACCAGCACUGCAAAAAAUGAGGUUAUCAUACACAAAUGUGGCAUAACAAAUUUCGAUUCCUACUUGCGUAAAAUGUAAGGCCAAUGGUCAUCAAAAUUAAGGUGGCCAAUGGCACAAUAUGUCGGGCAAUACGAAGCGUUAUAAUGACGACUACGACCACCUGGACUGUGUAAAUGAGCUCGAAGAUAGCCAAUGGUAUCACGUGGUAUUUCUUGAGCUGCAUUGAAAAUAUUAAUUGUACUAUUCUUAUAUAUGAAACUAUGUAAAGGCUGACCUUGUAUGCGCCAUAAGCCGCCAAUACGCAAGUUGCAAUGUGGCAAGAACUGUAGACUUGAAUAAACAUCAUGAGCUCCUUGGAAUCUGUAGGGUGAUAUAAAGUGAUACAAUUCAAAGAUUUGUUUUGAUAGUAAGUUACUUCUAGUUCCACGACAUAUAAAGAAAAACUAUUUUAGAGCUCAAAGCCACAGAACUAGGUAUAGUAGUGUAUAUUCACCACCUAUAACUACUUACAAUUCUCCGCCCAGGUGGCGGACUCCUUAACAAUCGUGCUGGUUCUAUAGUGAGUUUCCAUUAUGUUGAUAAAGAAGGUAAUGAAAUUGGUGCCGUCGGCGAAUAUCAACCACAUCAAGACAGUGUUUUUUAACUGAAAACGAAAUAAGUGAAAACUGGGAUCAAAAGUAUAGGAUAAACUCACGAUGGCCGCGAUGCAAGUGACCAGGACACCCAGUCGCACCGAGGCACAAAAGAAGUAGCUCUCCAUGAGCACCAUGUUGUCCCAGGACCAACUGGGCCACCUGUUCCAGUUGAGGCCGACAUUCUGUGGCUUUCCAUUCGAGAUCUGUGCAGCGAAUGAUAUAUGUUGGCCAUUCGAACCGAAAUUUGACGCCUUGGAUAUGAAGUCCAUUACCGCAUGUAUUCAGAUUGGCAUCUUGUACAUGGUUUUGUCAUUUGCUGGACGGCAAUUAGUGCGCAUUUGUGGUUCUUGUGUGGCUGACACACCGAGUUCUCUGUGGCACGGAGUACUCAGUUCUGAUUUACGGACCAACAUUACCGGUAAUACCACAUUCAAUAUGUUAUUAAUGGAAUCCUAUAUGUGUUAUUGCUCGGUGCGUCUCGGGGUCAUUAUUGUUUCUGUUCUGAAUAUCAUCAGAGAGUUGGCCUCUAGUAUCACACUUUUUGUGUUGGGCGUCAAAAUUUUCGAACCUUUGAUCGAUUUGCUGGAGCACGACGCGGAGUAUAAAGACAAAAAGUGGGCUCGAAGGUUCAUCAGUUGGUGUGAAAAUGAUCCCGGUACCUUAACCGCAAUUGCUCAAAUAGUAUCUUAUGUCCACGUGGUGGCAGGCAUCUUAAGUAUUUAUGGUGCUAUUAAGCUACGGAAGUGGUUUCUACUACCCUUGGCAUUCUGCGAGUUUGCCUACUUUAUACACAUUACGUUUCUUCAUAUUAUUCUGAUGAUCAUGCUCAAGAAGCAGAUUAACUUGGGCUUUCUCAUAAUUCUCACUCUGCUGGGCUGUUUCUAUAUAUUGUUUGUGGGCUACAAUGCCUGUGCCUGCGUGGCCAUGUUCCAGAUCAUCGGCCUGGUGAAGAGUGACCGCUACCGCGAGCUCUAUGGAGACGAUCCCUUCCAUCCGCUGGCCAUGAGGAGCACUCGCCCGAAGGAUGCAGCGAAGCCGCUCCACGUGCUGCGGAUGCACGACAUGCACGACACAAACAUCGACGAGGAGAAGCGACUCAGCAAGCUGGGCCUGUGGCCACGUCGUCAGCCGCCGGUGGUUUCCGUCCUUCCCGUGCAGGCAUCGUAUCCACAACCUCCGCUGAAGUGGUGGCAGCAGCAGGCUCUGAGCACCGGAGAUGACCACCAGCCGGAUCCAUCCGUCUACCGCAACUGGCAGACCAAGGAGCUACUCAACGGAGUGGGUGGCGAUGUGCAGCGCAAGAGUGAGCUGAAUCGACGCUACGCCGAGAACCAGAUGCAUCGAUGGUACUGAUCACUGAUUCCAGGAACGGUUGACUGUUAGUUAGUUUAUUCAAAUUAACAAGGUAUACAUAAACAAUUGAAACAGUUUUAUGCUAUGCCUAGGUAUCUUUAAAGCUUCUUUGCAAAUAAGCAACUCAUGCUCCUAUCACUGUAAGCACACAAUUGGAUAUAUUGCAACGUUCAACAGUAAAAAAUAAAAAGAAAUUAC